CCCAUUUCUAUUCCAUUUUUUUUUUUACCUUUUUAUUAUAUUGUUUAUUUUUACUAUUAUCAUUGUUCAUUGUCCUUUGGCUGCUUUGACACAGAAAUGUCCACAUUUGCAGGACAAAUAUAGGAAUUCUGAUUCUGAUAAAAGUUAUACCGAUCCCUGCAGUACUAUCGAAGAAUCACCACUAACAAAGUGGCUCCGCUAAUUAAGUUACAAAAUCAUUUACUAUAACUUCUUCACAAUAAACCCCCCUAUUAACAGGUAAUUUAAAAGCUUUAAUUAUGAAACAGAAUUACUGGAAAUUCACCAGCAGUAACUAAACAUGUCUCCUGAAACAGCUGAAAGUGAAUACAGUGAAACUGUAAGACAAAGCAGAUGUCUGAUAGUACAAAAAGAGAGUUAGCACCAACAAAAGUAUUGAGAGCUGAACACACAGACUUUUAAAAACAUGUCGAGUAUCGAGUUUAAGGAAAGAUGGGCGCUUGUUCUAGAGCAGGACCAUCCCUGGCGCAGCUUGGACAGUAUAACUGGUUGAGGAAAAGCAAACUGGCCAAAAGUGCUGGUGGAUAAAGGACACAACACUCCCCUGGUGCACCCAGUCCUGACAGAGUCCCCUCAAACCACAACGAGCUGCAUGUUAACUGAUCUCACUAGCUAUUGGCAGCUACAGUUAUCAUGUACACUGGUGAUAUGUUGCCCCCUAAUUGUUUGGAGUAUAAAUUCAACAGUGGCCAACUCUUAGAGCACCUCUAAGGGUGUAAGUUACUGUAUCAUUUGCCCAAAGCUAUAAACUCUGAUAGAACGCGUUUAUGACUCAUGGGACAGAAAAAGUAAUCAGCUAAUACAACUAUCUCAGGUGUUGCAACGGGACAGUUCAUCUCUAUGAAGCAGAACAAUUCAUUUAAUUCGACUGCUACUUCAUCUUUAGCAUUGCAUUCGACUCGGCGGUUGAAGCUCAGGAUGUCUGCACAUGGCAUUCAGGAGCCUCCACGUCUCCCAUCACUGCCCGUGAUCGGCAGUUUGCUGAGUCUGUGGAGCCCACACCCACCUCAUGUGCUUUUCAAAGAACUGCAGAAGAAAUAUGGACAGACGUACUCGCUGAUGAUGGGUUCCCACUGUGUCAUCAUCGUCAACCAACACACACACGCCAAAGAAGUCCUGCUGAAGAAGGGAAAGAUAUUUGCAGGAAGGCCCAGAACAGUAACUACAGAUGUUCUCACCAGAGACGGGAAAGACAUCGCAUUUGGUGACUACAGUCCCACCUGGAGAUUCCACCGAAAAAUAGUCCAUGGAGCACUAUGCAUGUUUGGGGAGGGCUCUGUCUCCAUCGAAAAGAUCAUCUGUGCAGAGGCUCAGUCUCUGUGCUCCGUCCUGUCUGAGGCAGCAGCUUCUGGACUGGCCCUGGAUCUGUCUCCUGAGCUGACUCGGGCUGUCACCAAUGUCAUCUGCUCACUCUGCUUUAACUCCUCCUACUGUAGAGGAGACCCAGAGUUUGAGACCAUGCUGCAUUACAGCCAGGGCAUUGUAGACACUGUGGCAAAGGACAGCCUGGUGGACAUCUUCCCCUGGUUACAGAUUUUCCCCAAUGCAGACCUGUGUCUUCUAAAAGAGUGUGUUUCGAUCAGAGACAAACUUCUACAGAAGGAAUAUGAUAAACACAAGGCAGACUACAGUGACCAUGUGCAGAGAGACCUGCUGGAUGCUCUGCUGAGCGCCAAGCGCAGCGCUGAGAACAACAACACAGCAGAGAUCAGUGCCGAGUCUGUGGGCCUCAGUGAUGACCACGUCCUUAUGACUGUGGGAGAUAUUUUUGGAGCUGGUGUGGAAACAACAACCACUGUUCUCAAAUGGGCCAUCAUAUACCUAAUCCACAACCCACAGAUGCAGAGGCGUAUCCAGGAGGAGUUGGACAGUAAGGUGGGAAUGGACCGGUCCCCCCAGCUCAGUGACAGAGGUAGUCUGCCCUACCUGGAGGCCACCAUCAGGGAGGUGUUAAGGAUCCGCCCUGUGGCCCCUCUGCUAAUCCCCCAUGUGGCCCUCAGUGACACCAGCAUUGGAGAUUUCACAGUGAGGAAAGGAACUCGGGUUAUCAUCAACCUGUGGUCUCUGCACCAUGAUGAGAAAGAAUGGGAAAACCCUGAGCACUUUGACCCUGGUCGGUUUUUGAACAGUGAAGGCACAGGACUGAUGAUCCCAUCAUCCAGUUACCUGCCUUUUGGUGCUGGGGUCAGGGUGUGUCUGGGUGAGGCCUUGGCCAAGAUGGAGCUCUUCCUCCUCCUGUCCUGGAUCCUCCAGUGCUUCACACUCUCUGUCCCACAUGGGGACACGCUGCCCAGUCUGGAGGGCAAGUUUGGUGUGGUCCUCCAGCCAGUCAAGUACAAAGUGAACGCCAUGCCCAGACCAGGCUGGGAGAGGAAGUGCCAGGGAUUGUGAGGUCGGCAAUGCUUGACAGCACUGGCUCUCAGCUGUGAGACCUUUCCUUCCAUCAAGGUGGAUCAUCAAGCAGUUAACUGGACAUAUCAUAACAUCUCUUUGUAUGCAUUUAUUACUAUUUCUUGGCAGUAAAAUGAAAUCUUAAAGGGAUA